AUGGCACCUGGUUCUCUUCCACGGAAGCCCUUGGGGCUUGAUGUACCCCGCACGUCUGCAUUCGAAUCGCCUCCACCGAUAGCGGCUCUGUUCGUGAUCCGCUUCGAUAUCAAGGCCGGAUAUGUGAUAUCCUGGAAACGAACCGUCCCCGGAGUCGAAGUCGAAGGCAUUGUCGAAUAUAAGUCGCUUCCGUCCGGUCUACAUAAUGUCUCGGAGGAUCUGAUAUAUUUCGUCCACGAGCAAUACUCGGGCAUCAGCGCCUUCGUGAACCAUCCCGCGGAAGAGGCCGAACGAAAUGCGAAGAUGUUCGCUAUUGGAGUGCUAGUUCCGCUGAGCUCAGGGAGACUGGGAAAAAGCUGGAGGCACGCUCCGAAGCUGAAGGAGCUUGCGCAGAACUAUGCGCAAAAUAUGUCGGAAACACAGCCCCUGUCGGAUUACUGGGGGACCUACGAGAUCCGCGAGAGCGACUCGUCAGGUCUGCCUCCCGACUCCCCCAUUGAAUCGCCCCUCAGCCUGCGAUUACGAGCCCACGGGGAGCGACCGGAUAAUCAGCGUCGUAGUCGCGCAUUCAGCGAUGCGAUCGUGUUGGAAACGCCUAGGCCGGCCCUGACGCCUUUCCAUCCAGCUUCGUCCCUUCCUGACUUCCUCGACUGUUUCGGGCCUCUUCUGUUCCCGCUGUACAGAGCCGCCUUACUGCGCAAGAGGGUGCUUCUGAUGGCAGAAGUUCCGGUUCACGUUCCUUGCAACUACGUAUAUGAUUUGUCUUUAUUGGCCUCGUUACCUAAUUCACUCCUUCCUCUGCUUCCAUCAGAUAGAAUUCCAGCUCUGCGACCUCGUGCCCUCUUCAACGUUGGGAUUCAUGACAUCCCUUAUCUCUCGACCUUCGUGGGGAAAUCCCCUGAUUCCAGAGGGGAUGCUGCUUGGAUUGCCUGCAGCACAGACACCGUUCUCACUAUGAAACCUGAACUAUACGAUGUCCUUGUGACUCUGCCGCCACCUCAUUCGAAGAACGCCGCCGAGAAAGUCUAUCCGAAAAUUUCCGUCAUGCCCACCGCAACGGCGCAGCACAAGUCCUCUCAAGCGGCUGAGCUCAAGGCAACGCAGCGAGAUGCACGACGCUUCACAACGCUUCGCAAGGGCCUCCAGCAUGUCUCGCGGGACGAAGACACGCAAACCGAAGAAGAAGACGAUUCCGACGCGGCAUCUACCUAUUCAUCCAGCCCCAUAGUCGAACCGCUUUCCUGGGCCCGACUGGCAUAUACCUCCUUCAUCUGGUGGGCGUCUGCCGGCGAGAAGCGCGACGGCCUGACCGAAGAAGAGGAAGAAGAGCAUCAAUUCGAACAAGACACCCGGCUCCUCGCCAGCGUCGACAGCCUCCCCAGUCCCCCUUCCGGCUCCAUGGGCCGUCGCUCUAUGCCCGCCGCGGAAUCUAUCCAACAGCCUCCCGAGAUCGCCUUGGUCGCCUACUUCCGCCGUCUCACCACCCAAAUUUUCAUCACUCUCUCCGACGUGAUCGCCCGCCACGACAGCCAAGACGCCGCCGACAACGGGGAACCCAACGACGACGAUGAGAUCCCGUACGAAGACGACCCAGAGAAUGACCUGGAACCUUCGGCGACCAUUGGCCGUCGGUCCACGCAAGAAGACGACACCCGACCACUCCUGCGCGGCGACUCGGGCGCCGAAGACGACGCGUCCCGGGACAACGACAAGCCCGUCAGAAUUACCACCGAGGACAUGACCGAGAUGGGUCUCGACGUGUGGAGCGCCGCUGAUCGUAUCUUCGUCCAGGAGCUGGUUCAUACGUGGUGGGGUCGCAAGUCGUACGUCGAUAGCGCUCGCAUCAGAUGCUGUGGCAUCUCGAUUCUGUAA